ACCGAAAGAAAACAGAGGCCGCUUAUUUUACGUUGUUGGAAACAAAAUCGAUUAAAACACUUUUAUAAUGAUAACAAUUUUCUAAAAUAUAAUCAGAACAAAAUUAUGGAUUCAAAAUAGUUUAAUUAUACUGAGUUACGUUUUGCAGAAACAAAAGAAUAGAUUUCAUAUUUUCUACAAAAUAACUGUAGUAUAAGCAUAAUAAUGGCAAAUUCCGUAAAUAUUUCAAUUGAAGCACCUAUAGAAAACCAAAUACAAGAAAUAACCUACGAUGGACAAGAGAUUUAUCAAGCGCCUCUGUCAAUGUCAGAAAAUCUGGCGAGAUUGGCUCAAAAGAUAGACUUUUCUAAAACCGAUGAUGACUUCUGUAACAUCAAAAAAGAAGGGGAAACCAGUUCAGAUGUAAAGUCAGAGGAGGAUAAGGACCCAGGCUAUCAAUCUAGUCUAUGGCCAUGGGAUUCUGUGAGGAAUAAGCUGCGAAAUGCUUUGACGGAAGUAUGUGUGCUUGCUGAUGUAUUGAGUAUAGCAAAGGAGAAGAGAUAUAUGGUGUUAGACCCAAUCCAAGCAGAUCAAGUAGAAAGCCGUCCGAUGGUGCAAGUGUACGGACGUAAGAAGGCCCUCUCUGCCGCAGGGGCCGUCCUCCUCAACGGUGUCGAGAGGCUCCGGGCCAGUGAAACUAUGAGGAUGACGCGGAACAUGCCAGACUUUCAUAUAGACCUGUUGAGGCUUCGUCAGAACUGGAGAUUGAAGAAAGUGUCGAAUACUAUUGUGGGUGAUUUGAGUUAUAGAACGGCUGGAUCAAAGUUCAGUCAGACUGGUGUUUUUGAGGUGACAAAAGCACCUGAAGAACAGAUAGCGCAAGCGAUGAGUAUGAACGCAUCAGGGCCGGCGCCGUCCGCGUUGCGCGUCACCGUACCGCCCGAGUUGCAAGGGGUUGCGUUUAUAUCUGUUUUGUGUCAGAAAGAACAAGAAGACGUAGUAACCGCAACAAUUAGUUCGUCAGCGAUCAACUGCCCCGGUACUCUGCUAGGUGACGGGGCGGAUCUCCACUGGCAGCAGAAGCUUGAAGCAGCACAAAAUGUGCUAUUCUGUAAGGAACUGUUUGCGAGGCUUGCGGCUGAAGCUGUGCAAUUGGACGCGUCUAUACCGCACAUGGUUGUGGGAAACCAGAUUAUGGCUACGGUAUUGCCAGGCAUUCAAUUGUUGAUCGGACUGUGUCAUAAUAACAGACAAAAUACCAGCAAUGGCACAGAUAAUGUGAAGUCAGAAAGCGCGUCCAACAGCAAGUCGGACCACGACCACGUGCUAGAGCACUCGCUGCACCAGUUGCUGCGCGCCACGCACCACGCCAACACGCACCACCCGUUCCCGCACCCCGCCACCGGCCCGCUCGGGCCCAGCAAGCGACGAUCCCUGGCCGGUCCAAUGGCGGCUGAUCGACACGAAUUACUCGAAAUGAGCAAAGAACAGUCUCUAUUGGAACAAAUCAUACAACAAGCUCAGCAUUUCUUCAUGAGAAGACGAAGUGAAUACGUUUUAGAUACUAUUGCUAAAGAGGUAAAAGAUCCCCUAAUUGUUUCACAUUGGAACGCCCUCAACAGUCCAACACAGUCCUGUGUCAAAAUCAAUAUCAUGGCCCACGCUUAUGACGCAGUAUGUCGCACUUCCCUCGUGGUACAUGUCGGUGAAAAAACGCUAAAAUGCAUAUGCCGAGAUGGCAAAGUGCGCCAUUUAUCGUAUGAACUGCAAGAGUUGAGAGAUCUUAUUUAUUGUCAGAUAUACCAGCACCAGAUGACGGGCGUGCAGGCGGUGGGCCGCUGCAUGGGCUGGCAGCUGCUCGCCAGCAGCGCGCACCUCGGCUCGGGGCCCGUCGAGCCGCUCGGCAACGCGUCCUCGUGUCUACUGGCCUCGCCUAAUGGUGACAGAAUGAUAGCAAUAAGAUGUGAACCCUCAGUUGGAAUACAAGUAUUCAUCGCUCAAUCCCCGAAGAAAGACUUCUUUGUCAGUGAACUAGUGCAAGAUAAGAAAUGGGAGAAUCUCGGAGGAGCGUUCAAGGAAGUAAAACUAGAGAAAAUGGAAGGAAAGAACUUUUUAAACAAAAUGGAGUUACUUAUGGCCUGUUUGAGCAGUCCGUCUUAGUUAAGAUAAAUAAAUAAAACAACCAUAUUGGAAUUCA